UCUGUCCAAAAAUGCUAGGAAAAACCCACAAACGCACCAAACGAAUAUUCUGUUGCACACUUGCAACAAAACUGGGUAAAACCCACCAUUAGCCUUAGAGCAAUUUUCCGAAGUGCUUGUUAGUAAUAUAUACCUGAAUUUUGUCCUUCAGCCACAUCUUCUAAUCCUUUUCUAGGAGGGCUACGUCUCUUGCUUAAUGUUCUUCACUUAUUUACAUUUAUAUAAUAUUCAAAAAUUGCUUAAAGCACCAAACAUUUUUACAGACACACCAUAAAAUAUAUUUAUGAAUUGGAUAAUCCCAUACAUCCUUUCUACUCUGUCAUUAGGAAUUGGGUAUAAAGACCCAUUUUUUACAGAAACUAAAGCACUUGAAUAUUGGAGCUGCUCAGAUUCAGUUCAGAAGUGUUUUCAGCAUCAAAAGAGUAGCACGGAACGUAAAAGCUUUCCUCAAGUGCAAAAAUAAAAAAAUACUAAAGUGUAAAGUGCAAGUGCUAAAAAUUAUUAAACUGAUAAUCAGAAUUACAGUGUAUCAGAAUGUUUGUAGUGGUAAAAACACAUGAACCUGAAGGACCGACAAUCACAGCAGUGCCAAUAAAAUGGAUAAAAGAUGGAAAACUGUUUUGGCCUUCUAAUAAACAAGAAGAGAAGUACAGAAGGAACCCUAACUCUGUUCCAGAUUGCGAUUGGGAUGUUUAUGAGUGUGAAGUGAAGAGUAUUCAUUUGGAAUCAUUUGAAGACGCUUAUGCUAUUGAAAAAAAACUUGCAAACACUGAUACAACAGAAGAGAAAGAGCUUAAUAAGAAAGGAAAAUUUCGUGGAAAACUUAAAGGAUCCAAAACUGAUUUUAAUAAAAUGGUUAACGGUUGCAUGCUGGUGGAAUCAAAAAAUCUCAUAAGCUCAAAUGCUGGUAAUCGGAUGGACGCCAAUCAUGCGAAUCAAGCUGAUAAAACAGGCAAUUCAUUUGGACCGAAAUCUCAAUCUCAAAUAUCUGAAAGAAAAAACUCAGAUAAUCGAAAAGAGAGGUCUUCUCUGAAAAGAUGUAGGUCAAGCAGAAAUAAGUUUCAAGACAGAAGACCAGUGUUUGUGUCAACUAACGAAGAACUCGAGAGAGAACUUUCCGUGAGAAAUGAAAACGAUGUAGAUGAAGGUCCUUUACUAAAAAAGCAUAAACAUGGUAUAGAAAGAUCACAGGGUGGAAAUCAAGAAGUUACUCAAACUUCAGAUCAGGAUGAGGAAUAUUCCUUUGACAAUAAAAACAAUCAGGACUACUCUGCCUCAAAAGUAGAUAAGUCUUAUAAGAUCAAGUCAAAUAAUACCACCAAAUCAACAGCGGUGUCCCCAAAUAUUAAUCGCGAAGAAAAACCCGUAAAAGAAAAGCCAAAUGGAAUGCGAUUAACACAUGACAAUAACGAGAGUGAAAUAUCAAAAAAUCAUAAGCAUGAUAUGUCGCCAGAUUUGGAUUUUGGAGAAGGACCUUCCUGGAAAUAUGCAUCUUCCCGAACAAAAGGAACCUUUCACCAUACAACUGUUGCGGAAUCCACAGACGAAGAACCAGAAGAUAAUUUGUCAUUGCGAUCAAGUCGAAGUGUCACUCCACUCUUGAGCAAAGCUGAAAAUGAAAUAGACUGGAGUAAUAAGUCAAUGCCUGAAAUGAUGUUGCAAAUACUUAAGUAUUGUGCUAGUUUACACGUCAUGACUGAAAAGAUAUUAAAGACUCAGGAGAAAUUAACUAAAAACAGCGAGGAUCCAUGUACGCCUGGUGUUUUCGAACGCCCACUACAUACAACAGAAGAGGUAGAUGAUUUAGAAAAAAAUCUCAACGACAAGAUUUUUUUUAACGCAUGUGUUAAGGAACUGGUGAAAGUCACUGGUACUAGCGGAAAUAAGGAUGGAAAACAAAUGGCAUAUAAAUUAUUACACAAGGUUUUCACUUGUGAAGUCCUAACCAAAUUUUCUUGGUCAGGUGUUUCAAAAACUGGACAAAAAAAGUGUUUCUCGAAACUUGAAAACACAAUUGAAUUGUUUUCUACUGUCGCUAGACAGGCCGAUAAUCGUUUUUCAAGGAUUGACGCUGAAAAUUUCUUUAAGAAAAAUGUAUUAAAACACGCACAGACACGAUAUGAACGCAAUAAACAAUAAAGACUUAAAAAAGAGUUUCAGCCAUAAUAUAAAAAUGCUAGAAUUAUAGUAAGAAAAUUUUUGACAGGAUGGCGUCAAAUAAGAAUACGUAAAGGUGUAUUUUUUAAAAGACAUAAUAAAUUCUAACAAUCUUUAUUAAUUGAAAAAAAAUAGUAGAUAAUAUUUGCACGAUAGUAUCAAUCUUACAAAAAGAACUUAACUAAUUUUUCUCUUUUUCUA